GGAGACUGUAUUACUUGAAGCAAGCGAAAUAUCGUAGUUCAAAGUUCGCAACCGGUAAAAAAUACCGGAGCCUUAUAAAUUGAGUAUGGCCUCUAAUCCUGGGCCCUCAAAGAGAGUAAAAUAUGGAGAUGCUGAUUUUGAAGCUACUUUACUGAAAUGGGCAGAGGAAGUCGAUUCUGGUGGAAGCGAUAUCGAAUCAGAUGGCGACUAUAUACUAUCGGAUCAUGACACUGAGUCGGAGGUUGAAUUCGACGAAGAGGACAACGAAAAUCUAGGUGAAAUCAGUCAUACCGAGAUAAUCCAGAAAUAAACCGCUAUCAUUUUGGAAAACAGUUAGCAAUGCUUUUGGUAACUCCACAUAUGCAACGCCGAUAUCAAAAUGUGCGUAUCGGUCGUGAAAUGAAAAUAUGUAUAAGACGCAUACUACAACUGGAACAAGAAGAACAUCCUAUGGAAGGUGAUAAACUGAAUACAAGAACAACUUGUAGACGUUGUCCCUCGAAGAAGGAGAGAAAAACAUUCCAUUUUGUAUAAGGUGUAAAUCUCCAAUAUGCAUGGAAUGUACUAGGAGAAUUUGCAAAGAAUGUUCCAUCUAAAUAUGCUAAUAGUUUACCCUUAGCAGAUAUUUUUAUAUAGAAUGUUUUUAGCUUUGCUUUGAUGUCAUUUUAUUCAGAAUAGUUUAUUUAAAUUAUUUAUG